AUGCAGCAACCUCCACAGACUGUUCCAGCAGGAGCAGCAGCUCCACCUCCUGCAGGUGCUGCUCGGAAUUUGUACUGGAGAAACAGCUCGCUCACUAAACGAGCAAAUGCAGCAGCUGCCCCAGUGCAGCCUGUGACAGACCCUUUUGCAUUUGGCAGACAAACUCCACAGGCUUCUCCUCUGGAUACUCCAUCCAAGGGCAAUGCACUGGGUGUGCAGAGCUCUUCCCCAGCCGUGCUCCCACAGCCAGCCAUUGUGCACCCUGCCCUGUCACAUGCAGGGGCCAAUCCUCAUGGACUGCAUACAGCUUUAUCAGCUCCUCUAUCUCAACCAGGAGUAAAUGCCAGUACGUUUGCUAAUGUUCCAAUCCCUUCACCAUCCCCAGGAUAUGGUAUAAAUAGUCCUGCAGAAGUGCAUCCAAAUGCAGAGCUGGGACUCCAUGGGGCUGCAGUACCAUUGCAUUAUAACACAGGAGCUGCAGUUGAUAAUUCUUUCAGUGUGCAUCCUGGGAUGGUGUCUGCAUCAAACCAACCUGGAGGUAGACAAGACGUUCUUAGAGGUCCAAAUGAUGUUCCUUCAGGACCCACAGCAGCAGCACUCUUCCCUUCUCCCCCUCAGCAGCCCGUGUCUCAGUGGAGGCCUGCUCAAGGUAACCUGCAGUCUCCAGUUCGAAAUUUUGUGCCCUAUCCUGAGCCAUCUUCUCAGACUGAUGCUCAUAACAUUUCUCAGUCUUCUGUUAGCACAUCUCAUCCUUCUCCACAGACAAAUUUACAGCAGGGUCCUGUACACCAAGGUAUUCCACAAAAUAUGCAAGCACCUUUAUCAGUUGGUUGUGAAAAGAAUGGGAGAAAUGGCACUGCCAAUAGCAGUCACCAGACAAACAGCAUCCAGCCUGGAAAUGUGUUUAGGCAGAACACAGAAAUGACUCCUGCUUGGUUAAACCAACCAUACCAGGAACAGUUUUACCCACAGCCACCAUUGCAAGACUCCAGUUUUGUUGUUCCCACGGCUCAGGAAAAUAACCCCAAAAACCAGUCUCCAGGUAUGUCUGAAAUCACAAACAGACCUAUUCCGACAGAUCGAGAUUCAGGAACUCUCUCCAUGUUUUUCAAAGGGGAUGAGGCAGAAAAUGAAGAAAUACUUUCAUCUGAAAAACGCUACGUAGUUGAGAAAACAGAGUUUGAUGCUUCUCAGCCAAAUUCAGCGUUUUUGUAUCACCAGCCAGUGCAUCCUCAGCGGGUUGCACCUAAUGUUCUGUCUCAGGUGCAGGCUGCUACAGGUUCAGCCAACGAGAUGGUACAAAAAGGAAUGGAUGUCCAGUACUUCCCUAAAAUUGUAAGUCAGCAGGAGCCACAUGCUGCUAAGCACGGUAUGUUUGUCAGUGAUGACAAGGGGCGCAUAGGUGACCUGUCUGGGAAUGGUGGGUCACAGUGUGAAAAUGUUGAGAACCUGGAGUGCAUUCAGAAUCAGGAAGUGCUGCCAAGUGAACCACAGAACAUGAGCUCUUCAUCCCCUGCUGCUGCUCCUGAUCUAUACAGAUAUGGAUCCUUUCCAGGUCAGAUGCUUCCAAAGAAUGCUGUUGUGAGCCAUGCUGAAGGAGGACCAAAUUUGGAGGCACCUGAUUUUUUACCUCACCCUGUCCGACCAGAUAGUGUAUCUUCAAACUACAGCACCAUGAGCCACAGGAGUGCUUCAAGCUCAGCAAGACCCCCAGAGCAAGUUGGUACAUUUAUCCAGCAAGAAAGUGGGAAGCCUGAUGAGGAAUCUUCUGCUAGCUUCUUCAAACAGAUUGACUCCUCUCCUCUGGGAGGUGACUCAAGUGAACUAAACCUGAGCAAGAACUACCAUAGUAAUCUAUCCCAGCCUGCAACUCCAAGUCCUCCUAAGCCUACAGGAGUGUUUCAGACAAGUGCAAAUAGUUCUUUUGAACCUGUGAGGUCUCAUGGGGUUGGUAUAAAACCUGCAGAGAUUGACCAAGCAAAGAUGGUGGUUGAAUUAAGAGAGAACCAUUCAAACCAAAAGAAUAUCAAGAAGAAUACAGCUGUGCCAGCUGCAUCACCAGGCAAUCUUGAACAGCCACCAGAUAACCUGGAAACUAUUUUCAUGCCUCAGGUACACCCACUGCCUCUGGCAGUCACUGGUGAAGCUGGAAAUACGUUGCAUUCUGGACCAGUUAUGGAAAACAUACACUUGGGAUCUGAGAGAAGGUCUUCAACAAGAGCUCAGGGAGGAGUUAAGAAGUGUGAUAGCCCAGCAACAACUUUGUGGGCUCAAAAUGAGUUACCUAAUUUUGGGGGAAAUGUUCUUCUAGCUCCUGCUGCUCCUGCAGUGUAUGUACCUGCCAAACAAACUGUAGAAGUCAUCCAGCCACCAGAAGAAGGCCUGUCUAAUCAACAGCUGAGUAAACCAGGGACUAUUGCUGUCCCACUCUCCCAAGAUGGAAAUACAUCUUCUGAAAAUCUUGAAAAUCCUCCCAAAAUGGGAGAAGAAGAGGCACUUCAGUCUCAGGUGACAAAAGAUGUACAGCAUGAGGCUGUAUCAGGCAGAGCUGUACAGGGAGCAUUGCCAUCUCAACCACAAAUGCCACCAGCUCAGAUGCAGCCAUCAGCAUCUUCUGGGCAGUCCUUGGUUCCUUCCAACUACCAAGUUGGAGCAGGGACUAAAGCCAGCCAGGUGCUGAGCAACCAUCCUCAUCCUGAGGGUCCCCAGGAGGCAAGUGCGGCUCAGCUUCCCACAAGGUACGAUGAGACAAGUCCUGACAAACAACCAGCAUCUGGGCAGCCUUCAGGUGCUCCAGCCUCCACAGUUCCUCCCACCACCACCAGUCAGACAGCCAUGCCAAGUGCACAGCAAGACCUGCAGCAUCCACCCCUGCCUCAGACCCCUCAGGAUGCCUUUGGGCCACCUCAGAACCCUUACUACUACUACAGACAUCCGUAUGAUGCUUACCAGCCUCCAUACCCAGCACCCUAUCCUCCUGCAGACCCCAGAACAGCUCAUCUUUAUUACAUGGAGGACACCUAUGGACAGUACGACCCACAGUACAGACCCUAUGAUGGCAGCAAUGCUGCUUACAUGGAGCCUGGGAACUACCGGUAUCCUGAGCCCGAGCGCCCCAGUUCCAGAGCCAGUCACUGCUCUGACAGGCCUGCUUCCAGGCAAGAGUAUCCUGAAGAUUAUUAUAGAAGAGGUCGAUGGAGUGAUUAUUAUCCAGGCUAUUACCCAAACUCGUAUGGUUAUGGAGAUCCAAGUUCCUGGGAACAUUAUUCAUCUAGAUAUGACUCCAGAUACAGAGAUCCCAGAGGUUAUGAUCAGAGGUAUUGGUAUGAUGCUGAACCCAACCCUUACCAGAAGAGAGAAGCAUAUCCAUAUGGCAACAGACAUGACCAGUAUGAAGAUAACUGGAGGUACGAUCCUCGCUUUACUGGGAGCUUUGAUGAUGAAUCUGAGCCCCCCAGAGAUCCCUACGGGGAUGAGUUUGAGCGGCGCAGCGUGCACAGUGAGCACUCCGGGCACAGCCUGCGCAGCUCCCGCAGCCUCCACAGCCACCAGAGCAGCUUCAGCUCUCGCUCUCAGCAAAGCCAGCUGUAUAGAAGUAACCAUGAUCUAACUGCCCAUCCCUACGAAACGGCUGCACAGGCCGUGUCGCUCCAUGCAGAUUAUUCCUAUGGAGGAUACGAUGCUAACUUUGAUGGACAACAGUCUUUUCCAGACUAUGGCUACCCGACUGAAACUGGCUGGCCAGCUGUAGAACAAGCACCUUUAAGGCCCUCAACGCCUGAGAAAUUUUCAGUGCCUCAUAUCUGUGCUAGAUUUGGUCCUGGGGGCUUCUUAAUAAAAGUGCUGCCAAACCUGCCUUCAGAAGGACAGCCAGCUCUGGUUGAAAUACACAGUAUGGAGACUAUGUUACAGCAUUCUCCAGAGCAAGAAGAGAUGAGAGCAUUUCCUGGUCCUCUUGCUAAGGAUGACACUCAUAAAGUGGAUGUUAUUAAUUUUGCACAAAAUAAAUCUGCACAGUGCUUUAAGAAUGAGAAUUUAAUUGACAAAGAAUCUGCAAGUCUGCUUUGGGACUUUAUUGUACUGUUGUGCAGGCAGAAUGGGACUGUUGUGGGAACAGACCUGGCAGAACUUCUGCUCCGAGAUCAUAAAACAGUGUGGCUUCCUGGGAAGUCCCCUAAUGAGGCAAAUUUGAUUGAUUUCACUAAUGAUGCUUUAGAACAAGCGGAAGAAGAAUCUGGUGAAGCCCAGCUCUCCUUUCUCACUGAUAGUCUUAUAACUGUGAUUGACAGUCUUGAGAAAGAGACAGAGAGAUUCAGAGAGCUGCUGCUUUAUGGCCGCAAGAAGGAUGCUUUGGAGUCUGCCAUGAAGCAUGGUUUAUGGGGUCAUGCUCUGCUACUUGCCAGCAAAAUGGACAGCAGAACACAUGCACGAGUCAUGACCAGAUUUGCCAACAGUCUCCCAAUUAAUGACCCUCUGCAGACUGUUUACCAGCUGAUGUCUGGAAGGAUGCCAGCUGCAUCCACGUGCUGUGGAGAUGAGAAAUGGGGAGACUGGAGGCCUCAUCUAGCAAUGGUGUUAUCCAACUUGACCAAUAAUGUGGACUUGGAAUCCAGGACCAUUGCUACCAUGGGAGACACUCUUGCGUCUAAAGGCCUGCUGGAUGCUGCUCAUUUUUGUUACCUUAUGGCCCAAAUUGGUUUUGGAGUCUACACAAGGAAGACAACAAAGCUUGUCCUAAUUGGAUCAAAUCAUAGCUUGCCAUUUUUUAAGUUUGCCACCAAUGAAGCCAUUCAAAGAACAGAGGCCUAUGAGUAUGCACAGUCACUAGGAACUCAGCCUGGCUGUUUGCCCAAUUUCCAGGUUUUCAAAUUCAUCUAUGCCUGCCGACUGGCUGAAAUGGGACUUGCUGCUCAGGCUUUCCAUUACUGUGAGGUGAUUUCCAGAACUGUCCUCAAAGAUCCACAUUACUAUUCACCUGUACUUAUUGGCCAGCUAAUCCAGAUGUCAUCCCAGCUGCGCCUGUUUGACCCACAGAUAAAAGAAAAACCAGAACAGGAAUCUUUUAUUGAACCUUCAUGGCUAAAAAGGCUGCGACAUGUGGAUGAACAGAUCAAGGAGGGUGCAAUAGCUUAUAGCACAGACAGAUCCACUCCCCCACCAUAUGGCUGCAGCACCCCGAGCUCGGAGCUGGACCAUGGCAGUCAGUGUGAUGGAGCAGGAGCUGGCAGGGACGUGGGUCCAGGUGCUGAAAAUGCAUUGCUGGCUUCCUUAUUGCCCAACAUGGCUCAACAGAUGCAAAGUGUGCAGCUUAUGCCUUCAGUCCCUCAGGCUGUCCUUGAUGGGUCAGCUGCUAUGAUUCCUCCUGGUGACCAAGAAGCUGUCCGAAGUGUCCCAUUCUAUCCAGUGGCUUCUCAGCCUGUUGGUCCAGGACCUGGCUUUGCACCUCCAGGAUAUGCAAAUCCAUAUGGAACUGAACCAUCGCCGCUGUACUUAGGGUCAGCACUGCCACCAGGAGGGCCACCACAAGAAAUGGAACCACGGUCAGAAGAGCAGACAAACCCAGAAACAGGAAUGCAGAGAAUUGCCCCAGAGUCUUCACAAAACUCCUUCCCAGAACAGAGAGAGGAGGAUUUCUAUGGCAGAAUGGCUAGCAUGGGCUAUGGGCGAAGGUCACGGACAACUUCAGAGUCCUCUGCUCAUUCUGUGGGACGAGAGAGAUCCAACUCUGCAGCAAAACAGCCCUCACCUUCUCCCUCUGUUCCUGUAGGNAAAGAGACUAAAAAAGAAAAGAAGGAACCAGCACCUAGAAAGACUGGUGCAAACUGGUUUCGCUGGCUGAUGGGAAAAGGAAAGAAUGAAGCUCACCUUCCAGAUGACAAGAACAAAUCAAUUGUUUGGGAUGAACAGAAACAACGUUGGGUUAAUCUGGAUGAACCAGAAGAAGAGAGUAAGCCUCCACCACCACCUCCAACAGGAUUUCCUAAAAGUCCUCAGGCUGCUCCCCCUGGACCUGGAGGCCCACCUGGUGCUCCUGUCAACAUCUUCUCCAGAAGAGCAGCUGGAAGCAGAGCCCGUUAUGUUGAUGUCCUGAAUCCAGGUGGAACCAAAUCCAGUGGUGCUGCUCCUGCACCAUCAGACCUGUUUGCCCCCCUGGCACCAAUGCCAAUUCCUGCAAACAUGUUUGUUCCAAACUCAGUUCCAGGGGAACCCCAGCCAAUGGAAGGGAGUGAUGCAUAUUUGAACCCUGUCAUCCUUCCUCCUGGGUCUGGUCCUCCCGUUUCCAACCCUGAUGGCUCCCAGUCAGGAGAGCUUUCGCGCUCUAGUUCAAUGAGUUCAUUAUCACGUGAAGUCAGCCAGCAUUUUAAUCAGCCGGCCACUGUUCCACCUCCAGGAGGACCUUCAGCAGGAGCAGUGCCCUUCUACAACCCCUCUCAGUUUGCACAAUCUUCUGCAGCCACUGGAAAUUCAAGGCUGGGAAGAAUUGGACAGAGGAAGUAUCCAACACUGAAGUAG